CAGCAGCAGCAGCGGUCCUCUCGUCUGGGUGGAGUGAAGUUUAGAUAUGAACUUACUACAGCAAAUUAGCCAAGAGGACUGAAUUAUGGCUGGGGCGAGAAUACCAAGAGAAUAGCAAACAUCUUCAAAACUGAAUCCCGGUCGCUACAAAGACGUGAUAAACACUGAGCGGAGAUGGGUGAUGUGAGCGAAGAGUCGCUGCUGGAUUAUUUCUACUCCACGGGAGGCAGCUCAGGCAGAGUCAAAAAUGCAGAUUUACUGAAGACAUUUAAGCCCUUUAUUGGCCACAGUGACUUGCAGUUCCGUGCUAAAUACAGAGAGGAAUUCAAGCUCAUCAUUGACCGAAUCGCUGUGGUGAAGUCAGAGAAUGGUGAGAAGUAUCUUGUCCUAAAGAAGAAAUACAGACAAAUGCUGCAUGAACGAGACACCAAACAUCACGGGACCGACGCUGAUGGACAGAGCGGUUCGAGCCCGGCCAGAGCUCCGGCCACUGUACAGUGGGACGCGACGGACGCCUCGGCUUCUUCUCAUCCACAACAGGAUGAGCAGAUGUCAUGUGGAGGGCCCGACGGUGCUGCAGAGGACCAGCAGACAGGAACAGCCUUCAUGCAGCCCACUCUACUGCAACUUCCCGUCAUCCUAACCCAGGGACCCUCGGCACAAAGUAACGGGGACGAUGAGCUGGACAAAGAUUCGGGGUCAAAGUCCGAGUCAGAGCAAGAUGAGGAGUCUACGGGCAGUAUGGGCUCCGCUGCCGUCGCUCUGGAUCCUAUAGAGAAAGAGUGGAUCUACUCGGCUGCAGGUGCUCGAGUCCCUGACCUCUCCCAGCUGCUCAGACAGGACCCCUCGCUGGCAAACAAGAAGGACUUCACCUCGGGGUUUACCGCUCUGCACUGGGCUGCCAAACAUGGCAACAAGGACAUGGCCUCUCUGGUGGCUAACGCAGGCGCUGAUGUCAACACCAAAUCACAUGGGGGAUACACACCUUUACACAUUGCAGCGUUACAUGGUCAUCGGCAUAUUCUAGACCUGCUCCUAGUGACAUAUGGGGCCAAAGACAAUUUAAGGGACUACAGCGGCCAUCUUGCCUGCCAUUAUCUGAACAUCAAAGAACCGGAGGGUCCAGAGGAAGACAGCGAGCUGCAUUUUCAAGUCACUCAGGCCAGAGAACGGAACAGGAACAGAAAGUUGGUAUCGCUCUUUCACUCCAAGAAGAAGUGGGGCUCAGCAGAGGAGCUGGCGCCGAUAGAGGAGGAGAGGACGGCGUCACAUCAGCUCAUCCUUCCUGCAUUCAGGCCCAGAAAAUUCUCCCGCUGAGAAAAAAAAUUAAAAUAAACAGACACGGGGAACGAUUUCUGCUCUCCUACACUCACACAUACACUUAAUCCUUACAUGCAUAUAUAGUUACACACAUGAUGUAAACCUACAUGUAUGGAAGUGUUAAUGUGCAUACUUGUUAUGUACACAAACAUAGACACCGCUUACAGACACAAUCCCCCCCCCCCACCCGUUUGCCGAUGCACCUACACAGCUCAUCCCAGUACUGAACACUGAUGCUUAUGUGUAUUAUCAAUAUUUAUACUGACCAUAAAGUAUUUCUUGAAGCCUUUUUUGAAAUGAAUGUUGCUAUAUGUCACUAAUGCCUUAAUAAGCUCGAGUCACGUGGAUUCUUUAAGCUUGUCAUCGCCUUUUGAGUUAAAAUGAACAACAACAACAGGACUGCAAAAGUGUCUCAGUGUAAAGAAUAUGGUUUGAGAUAUUCUGCUUUAAAAGAAGCAGACUUAUCCUUUAAAAAAGGAGCACACUGGUGGUUUGUAUGUUUUGGCCUAUUAAAAAUCAGUUGUACUAUCAUUUGUACUUAAUGCUGAACAUUUUCCAAAACAUACCACAAGUUGUUUGACUGACUUUUGACCUUUCACACAGCUGUUGAUUUAGAUCUGUCAGUAUGGCAUUAUAACACAAUUGCAGAGACACUAUUAAGUAAUCCAUUAUGUGGGAAAAAAAAUUACUGAAUUCAUUAUUCUAAAAUCACAAUUACUCUGUCAACUAAGGCACUGUAUGAAAGUUAGUAAUGUAGGGAGGGGGGUGAACCUUCCUGUUUAAACAAAGACCCUUCAGUGUUUUUAAUAACUUAUUUGGAUUUAGAAAGAAAAAAAAAAAAAA